CCGGUUUGGGCGGCUCGGCGGGAGGGUCCCCCGGAGCCGGCCGAGGAGGACGCGCGGGAGUCGCCCGGGGCCCGUGGGCCGCCGCCCCUCGCCGUCGCCCCUCGCCGCCGGGACCAGGAGUUCAGAGAUAGUCAUUGUGUUGUGGUUCCAUUAAUCUACAGAGAUUUAAGAUAGCUGUGGAUGACAAAACAUUUGAGACAGUGGAAAGGAUGGAGUCGAAACCUUCAAGGAUUCCUCGAAGGAUAUCCGUUCAGCCCCCCGGCUCUUCUCUAAGUGCCAGAAUGGCUGGAAGCCGAGGAGGGGAUUUAAGUGAGGCGUAUAACCCAAGAGAAUCCUCAUUCAGAUUGGAUUCUGAGCAUCAGGAGUCCAAUUAUUUGCAAACAUCUGGUAGAGACUGGGGACUUGGUGAAAGAGAAGGCCGUGAACCCCCCUGGAAACUUAACAGUUCCUCUCCUACUCGUUAUUCGGGAACUUUUGAACCACCAUGGUCUGGAAGUUUUUUAGGAAACAGAAGCAGAUUGGCUUCAUCCUCCUCCUCAUCCUCAUCAACUACUCCAUUUCAAUCCACCUGGUAUAGUGAAUCUGAGAGAACUCAGGGAGCAUACCCAAGGCUGCAAAACCAACAAAGGAAUCAUGAUUCAAAGAGACCUAAGCUUUCCUACACCGGCUGUACGUCCACUUCCACUGUGAGAAGCAAUGGGAGUGGUGUUAAUGCAGUAACAGAUUCUUCUUGGAGGCAUAGUCAAGUUCCCAGAUCUUCAUCCGUGAUACUUGGUUCGCUGGGAACUGAACUAGUAAGAGAGAGAAGAAAUCAGGAAAGACGAGCGGAUCUAGUGGAUUAUAGUCACCGGAAUGGUGAUUUCACUUCUUCAUCAUAUCUUCAAGACAGAGUUACUUCUUCCUAUUCACAGGGAGCAAGACCUAAAGAGAGUUCACUGAACACUCUGAGAUUGAAUGCGUCAUCUGUGAACCGCCAACUGCCUUCUGAACAUCAGCCCUCAAUUUACUUGAGGGACCCAAACAGAAGCUCUUCAAGGUCUAACUUUGCUCCCAGGGAAAUGGAUUCUCCCCAGAGGAGUGCACAACCAGGGUUUACUCACGUAUCAAGCAGAAAUGAAGCCCCUCCUUCCACAAGCAGUUCUGAAAGGGCUGGUUCAUCUCAAAGAUCACUAAGUGAACCAUCCACUGAUACCGAAGGGAGGCGGACCACCCGACAACUCUUAUCUCGCCUAGCUUCUAGUAUGUCAUCGACAUUUUUCUCCCGAAGAUCUAGUCAGGACUCCUUUAAUUCCAGGUCAUUAGAAUCGGAAAGUUCAUAUGUUGCUCCAAGAGUUCAUACGUCUGCACAGUCUAGCAGCAAUGCAGCUCCUCCUCCUGAAGUUCCAGACAGUAGAACAUCUGAGGCGUCUCAGGGAUUUAGGUUUCUUAGACGGAGAUGGGGUUUGCCAUCCAUGGUACAGAAUCAUAGCUCUGAUGCAGAUUGUGAAAGCUUCAGGCAAGAGUCUGAGAGUAGAAACACAGGCUCUUGGUUAUCCUCUUCUAUUAGGAAUAGAUGUACACCUUUGUUCUCCAGGAGGAGAAGAGAAGGAAGAGAUGAAUCUUCACGAACAUCUACCUCUGAUAUCCCGUCAAGAUCUCAGCACCUUUUUAGGCGAAGGGAGUCAAGUGAAGAAGUUUCCCUUGAAGCACAAAGUAGUUCCCCCGGGGCUGCUACCAACAGACCGCAAACACCCGCAGUGUCUAGCACUGCCGCCUCUGCCGUGUCGACACCAGAUUUAACUCACAGUGGAAGAAAUCCAGGAAUACCUGGGAUUCUUCCUGGCUCCCUAUUCCGAUUUGCAGUCCCCCCUGCCCUGGGAAGCAAUCUCUCUGACAAUGUCAUGAUUACUGUAGAUAUUAUUCCCUCAGGUUGGAAUCCAUCCGACGGACAGAGUGACAAGUCUAAACCUGCUCCUUCACGAGAUCCUGAAAGGCUGCAGAAAAUAAAGGAGAGCCUUCUCUUAGAAGACUCCGAAGAAGAAGAAGGUGAUUUAUGUCGAAUUUGCCAGAUGGCGGCUGCCUCUUCUUCUAACCUUCUUAUAGAGCCUUGCAAAUGUACUGGAAGUUUGCAGUACGUUCACCAGGAAUGUAUGAAAAAAUGGCUACAGGCCAAGAUUAACUCUGGUUCGUCUUUGGAAGCAGUAACCACCUGUGAGCUCUGUAAAGAGAAGCUGCAACUUAACCUGGAAGAUUUUGAUAUUCAUGAACUCUAUAGGGCACAUGCAAAUGAACAAGCAGAGUAUGAAUUUAUCAGUUCUGGUCUGUACCUAGUUGUGUUAUUGCACUUAUGCGAGCAACGUUUUUCAGACAUGUUGGGAACUGCAAGUGAAGCUAGCACACAUGUCCGGUUUAUUAACCUUGCGAGAACGCUUCAGGCACAUAUGGAAGAUCUCGAAACUUCAGAGGAUGAUUCCGAAGAAGACGGAGACCACCACAGAACCUUUGACAUUGCCUAACGCAUGAGAAAUGGAAGAACUGCAAAAAAAAAAAAAAAAGCUGAUUCAAAUUGGUGAUAAAUCAUCCUAGGUUAAUUUGGGGAGGUGCUUAUUCAAAAUACAGUGGAUGUCACUAUAUUUUUUUUUUCAUGUAUUGUGAAAUUAAAUUCUACUGCUGCCCUCUGGAACAUGGCCAAUGAAUCUAGUCUGUUCAGGAACUAGUAAUUCAAAAGAUUUCCCCUUGUAGUGACUGGGAAAGUGUUAGCCUUGUUUCAAAGUAUUUAAGCAACAUUUCUUUCUCCCUUCCCCUCUCUUCCCCCCUCGUUUUGUGUUCUAAUUACUGUAGUCAGAUUAUAUUCAUGGAAAAUCAUUUUAUUCCCUUGGUAGUAGAGAGAGAUGGGGAAAGUACUAGUACAGGUUUUAGACGGGGAAAAACAUAAAACAAAUCCCAGUGUUGAAUUGCCUAUUAAGCUGCAUACGUUUUCCUUUAAACUGCCUUAAGCUGUUUGUUUUUAAUGGUUUUUGUUAAGCGCUUACUGUGUGCCAGGCACUGUACUAAGCGCCGGGGUAGGUACAGGAUAAUCAGGAUGGACAGCUGCUGUCCCACACAGGGCUCACAGUCUUAAUCCCCAUUUUUUUUGCAAAUGAGUUAAGGGAGGCACAGAGAAACUGCGACUUGCCCAAAGCCACACAGCAACAAGUGGCAGAGCCAGGAUUAGAACCCAGGUCCUCUGACUCCCAGUAGGCCACUCUGCUUCUAAUUUGUUGUCGUCUCAUUUUGAUUAAAAAAAAAAAAAUUGUUUCCAGUGUUUGAAAAAAGAAAGGUUCAGAAGCACUACAGUAUUUGAUCUCCAAAUUUAAAAAAGUGUGACUUUAUUUGAAACAGCAAUAAGAUCUCGCAAGGGGCUAAACAGGAAAUAUUUAAACGAUGGUUUUUUUAUGUAUUGAUUUGGAAGUUACGGACUAUAUUUGAUACACUAUUCCUUAAGGAAUAUUACAUCUGUAAAUUCUUGUAUUUCAGCAUUCCCUGCAGAAAUGCAACCUGGCAAAAAGCAUUACUACAAUCCUAAUUGGUUUGGAUCCUUGAACUUUUUUAGGUCCCGCACUCAAUGUUGAAACACUGGUUAUCAAUGUGUUUUUUAGUGUUGUAACUUCUUUAUAAAUAAAUACUAUGUAUGACUUG